UUCAAUCAUUAUAGUGGACGAAGAAAGCACCAUAAUUUGUACAACAAAUUUUUUUAGAUUCACCUCAUCAUACUCACCAUUUUACCAUUUUAAUUACAUAAUUUUACAUAAGCUUCUUCACCCUCUCCGGUUAUUUUCUAUUUAUUUAUAACUACAACAUAAAGUUAUGAACUAUAUAUAUUAUAAAUUAAUAAUUUAUUUACCCUUGAAAUUUCUAGUAAUAUCAAAAGUCGUAUGUUAGUUAAUUAUUUUCUAAAUGACGUCUAUUUCUAAUUUUUUUUGGAUGAGAAUAUUUUUGGGCUGCGAGAUUUUUCUUUACCUGGCCCACCGGCAAAUAUUUUAGCAGCCUAUUAUAUAUUUUUCUUUGGUUUUAUAGCGUUCGGACUGGUCCGAAUGGGAUAUUCAGUGAUGUUACGUGAUACAAAUCAAUGAGCAUGGGCAAUAGUUUUUUUCAAGUGACAUGGCAGUUUGAUAGGUGGUGAUUAUUUUGCCUAUGUGGCACCUCUAGAAAAGCUAGAAUUUAGUUCCUUUUAUAUAGUAGGAUUGUUAGUGUAAUAUUUUGCAUAGUAUAUAUAAUAGUACCUAUCAAGAUUUAUUUCCAAGAUCAUUUCUCGUCACACCUUAGAUUCAAACAACUAAUUUUAUUAUAAACCCUAUAAAAUAAAGUCGACGCUGUUCAUGGCAUAUAAAAUUCCUCCACGAUAUAUUAUAGUACAGAUGCAAUGUAUCACUAGUUAGAAAUUAUUAAACUAAACAUACUCCGUCUCUCGACCUUUGCUAUAUAAAGAAGAUCAUUUACACUUCUUCUUUAAAGUUAAAUUAAACCACCAGAAUACAUACAUUCCGACAAUGUCUCGUACAUGCGAAAGCUCCUCAGGCUCGUUCUCCGACAAGACCUUAAAACUGUUCGGCUUCGAACUCAUCAGCGGUAAUCGCUCGCAGGAAGUCACGACAACGGAUAGCGUCAGCUCUUCAACGAACAACACGGCGCCGUUUAAAGCGAAAAGACUCGAGUGCCAAUACUGUGGCAAAGAGUUUGCAAAUUCUCAAGCCUUGGGUGGUCACCAAAACGCUCACAAGAAGGAGAGGUUGAAGAAGAAGAGGCUUCAGCUUCAAGCUCGACGAGCUAGCAUCGGCUAUUAUCUAACCACCCACCAACAACCAAUAACGAAGUCGUUUGAGAGACAAUGCAAAACGCCGUCGUAUUGCGCGUUUUCUUCCAUGCAUGUGAAUAGUCAGAUUGGUGUGUUCAACGAGGAGUGGGCGUCGAUGUCGUCGCAGAUUAGCUUCGGUAAUAAAGAUACGUGUCAAGAUCUUAAUGAGCAAAAUGGUGAGAUGGGUAAGAUGUACGGUGUGAGACAAAACAUGAUUCAGUUCCAGAGAGAUCUGACUUCUCGUUCUGACUCGAAGAGAAGCAUUCAGUCCUUGGAUCUUCAUCUGGGGUUUGCCGGAGAUAUGGCGUAACAAAGAGAGAGAUAUAUGAUUAAAGAAUGUUUACUAGUGAUGUACUUAAGUAUUUAAUUGGGAAAGAUGGAAACAAAACGAGACAAAGUAUUCUAGAUGAAAUUUGAGUUUUAUUUAUUUAGGUUAUGUAUGGUUUAUUUAGGUUUGUUUUACAGUUAAUUUCAGCAGUUGAUGUUGUAGAGUCGCAGAACAAAACAAAAAGAAACAAACCUCCAAGCAUAUUUCUUAUAUAGAAAGUUUCCAAUCACCGUCAUCCAAUUUAAAAAAUCAAGUAGAUUGGAUCAAGACUUCAAGUAUUUGAUAACUAUAUCAUUAUAUUGUUGCUUAGAUUGUUAGCCAAAUACUAGUUGAGAAGGUUUUUAUCAUUAGUUAUUGUGUGGUGUGUUAUAAAUGGUGCAUUGCUUAAUUGAUGAAAAAACAAGUUGAAACAUUCAUUUUUUAAGGUUACAUUCACUUUUUGUUUGUUUGAGAACAUUCACUUUCUUGUUGCUUAGUAAAUUUAUGGUCAUGAUGUACGUAGUUCUUUAUUUGGUGCAAGCAUUUAUAUAUAAUGUACAUACAUACUGCCAGGCUGUACGUAUAUACGUGCAUGUGCGUACACGUUUUAAUCUUAUUUAUUGUUAAAUUUUAGACAUUUUGCUAAAAUUACAUCUCAAAGAUUCUAAUAUGAAAUAGUGUACUAUUAAAGAAGCGUAAAUUAAUACAUUACAAGCUUAUGAACUUUAACAACACUCAUAUAAUUCGUGACAAGCUUGAAAAUAAUUAGCUAGCUAUCCCAUAAUAUAUGGUUAUUUCUUACUAAGCAAAUUUAUGAAAGAUGUACUAAAAGGUCCAAAACUACUUUAAUAUUGUAAUAUGGAUUGUACGUGGGAUGCUGCAGUGGAAUUUGUAAUUACUAUUUUGAACUUUAAACUUAUUACGUAUAUGUAUAUAAAUUCUGAAUCUUCCAAUAUCUUGUUAUUGAAAUUUUCAUAUCCCGACCAAAAGAAUAUAAAUUCUAUAUAUGUCUAUAUAUUAAUUACCUGCUUAGUUCAGCUGAUUAAUUGAUGCUACUACGAUUUAAACAUAUCAUACUAUUAAAACGAAGAUUUUGAUGAACUGAUAUAUGUUUUUUUUAAGAAAAGAGAGUCAGAGGGUGAAUACUUCUUCUAAGAACGAAUAAGUGAAUUUAGUGGUGACAUUUCUUGAGUUAGAUUUUAUUCUUUUAAAUAGAUUUGGUGUAAGAUCGAUUCGAAAUUUCCCAUUAAGUCUGAUAAAUAUGUUCAUCAAUUCAUAAGUGUCUGUUAUAAUAUAUGUAUAAAUGUAGUCGGCAGGUUAUAUAUUUAAUCAAUUGCAUGCGUAUAAGCUUAAGAUUCAACAUCCAAUGUUGGAGGGAGGCCCCUUUAAUUGGGUAACACAUGUCACUUGACUCACUUCCGACACCAACGGAACUUAUGUGCGUAUUAGAUGCUUAUCCCAUUUAUUAUUUUCAGUAUGUAUUUAUUUAAGAAUGGUUUUCCUUUAUAGUCCAUUUCGAAUGUUUCCUAGUUUUGGUAAUGUUUUCGUUAACUUGGGAACAUCGCUACUUGUAGGCGAGGAAACUACUUGUAUGAGUUUCGUUCGAGUUGGGAUUUGCCUGAAAAGGCUAAAACAGUUGUCAGUUACAUUAUUAUUUUUUAUUUUCUAGAAAAUUCUGGCUGUUGUUUGGAUGUAUGGUUUUUAUUUAUUUUCAGUUUAAAUCUUAUAUAUUAUUACAUUUUUUGUAACAUAAUAUAUCUUUUUUUUGUCAGCAACAUAGUAUAUCUAUACCCACAUAAAUGCAAUAUCUAUAUACAUGCUAUACAUAACAUCGACGACAAAACCAAUCAUGAAAAACCGUAAUGAAAUUCCAAACCCUAGCAUAACUCAUUAAAUAGAAUCUUCAAAAAGUAUACCACCAUGUGAGUUAGAUUAAUAUUUGUGUUUGUCUCAAAAGUGUUUUUAUUGUUGUAACUAUCUCUAUUGACAAUAAGUGAAAUAUAUUCCAUUAAUAUUGAAAAACAAAGUUUUUUCUUUGUAUUUUAUCGUCACAACAUGCAACAUGUUAUCGCAGCACAUGAAAUGUUAUCAUAACUGGAUAUCUAUUUAAAUAAUAAAAGCUCAUUUUAAAAAUUAAAUAAUUAUUUUUUCCAAAAGAAAAGAUAAUGUUAUAUUGUCAUGAGAGAAAGAUAGAUCAAGCCAGGUAAGGUUAGCUUGCUGGUCUAAAUUUGAUUAUACAUUUGUCCAACAAGACUUAAUUCCAUCUGUCCACCGGUCCUUCUUUCACUUAUGGUCUUAUGGAUUAUAAUUUAGUAAAUGGUUUAUCCACCCAUUAUAAAAUUUACAAUUAUUGAUAUUAUUGCUUUCUUAAAAGCAAGUCUAUUUUUGAAAAAAACACUACUAAAAAGACGGCUGGUUUUCCCGCUACCACCCGCAAACACAGUUUUUGCGGUUGGUAGCGAUUGUCGGCAGUUUGCAACAAUCACUCAAAUUGCUCUAAACCGUUUCAAACCGCUUCAAACCGCUUCGAAUCUCAUAAAUUUAAAAGCUGGCUCCAGCUAGCGUUUGCGGUUACGGGCGGUUGCCGGAGGGUAAACUUUUUUUCUUUUUUUAAAACAAUAUAUAUACAAAAAGUAAAAAUAUUUAAUAAAAAAUUUAAAAUUGAAAUUAUGAAAAUAUUAAAAUAUAUCUAUUAUAUUUUAAUUAAUAUUAGUAUAAAAUUUAUAAUAAAAACAAUUUCAAUAAAUUUUCAAAAAUUAAAAUUAUAACUUUCUAAAUAUAAAUUUUAUAUUUAUUAUAAUUUUAUAAUUUUUGAUAUUUUUAUAAUUAUAGUAAAUAUAAAUAUUGUUAAUUUAUUAUUUGACUGUUACCGCAUUUGGUAGUUAACCAGUCAUAAGUCACCCGCAAAUGCACCAAUUUUUAACCGUAGUACCAGUCGUAUAAAUUUCUUAAAACCGCUAGAAACUGCAACCGCCCGCAUGCACAAACUUCCGCAACCGCUGCGUUUGAACCAAUCAUACUUUAAGUGGCUAAUCGCUGCAUUUGACCAUAAAGAAAACUAGUAUAUAUUGCAAUAUUUAUAUUUGAAUUCAUUAUAUUAUAAUUAUUAUCAGGUGUAACUGUUUGAAAUACUCGUUACGUGUUUACUUAGGAAGUUAUCAUAUUUUAUAAGGAAGAUAUUUGUUCGGCUCGUCAAAGAAGGACAAAAACUAUCGGUUACUUUAUUGGUUUGAAUUAUUCUCGAUCCAAUAAUUAAAGUACUGGCGUUAAGAUGUAAUUAUGAAAAAUUGAUUUAAAAUGAAUCAUUUGAUGUAAAAUAAUGUGGUAGAGCACCCAUCGUUCAGAUAUUUUUUUCCGAAGAAGCUCUUAUUGCUGAAGACGUGUACUAAGGGUCUGACUGGUUCAACCGCAGCGGUUGCGGUUGCGGUUGCGGGAGUUUGCGAAUGCGGGUGAUUGCGGUUUCUAGCGGUUUUAAGAGAUUUGUACGACUGGUUCUGCGGUU